CGUGUUGAACUUUAUUCGAAUAGUUUGAAUUCGUGGAGGAGUGGCUGUUAUGAGCAGCCCCCAGACGGCAGAGCUGCUCUCCGGACUGCACGACUGGAUCAUGGGGAGCACCGUGGCCAAGUGUGCCGUCGCCGACCUGGGGAUCCAGUGGGUCGGCUGGGCUCUGGCUGCAGCCUUUAAAACCGAGAAGUUUUACGACCUCGCAGGCUCCGGUACGUUUAUACUGCUCGCUCACCUGAGCCGCAUCUGGGGAGGAGCUAACCAUACCCGUCAAAAGGUGCAGACGGGGUUGGUGACGGCAUGGGGACUCAGGCUGGGGACGUUCCUGUUUCUGCGGAUCUUGAAGGACGGUCAUGAUCGCAGGUUUAACAAUGUCAGAGAGAGCCCGGGGACUUUCUUCGUAUACUGGACGGUUCAAGCCGUGUGGGUAUUUAUGACCCUGCUGCCAACCCUCAUGCUGAACAGCGAGAAGCGUAAUGUGCCUCUGGGGGCCAGGGACUACAUCGGCUGGACUGUGUGGGGUCUUGGCUUCGCUACAGAAGCUAUUGCUGACCAGCAAAAGUGGCUUUUCAAGCGAGACCCAGAUAAUGCUGGGAAGUUCAUUCAGAGUGGGCUGUGGGCCUACAGCAGACAUCCCAACUAUUUUGGAGAGAUCCUGCAGUGGUCUGGGCUCUGGCUGUCGGCCUCGUCGGUGAUGAAGGGACCUCAGUAUCUGAGCGUGGCGUCGCCGCUGUUCGUCUGGUUCCUGCUGAACUACGUCAGCGGGAUUCCAAUCCUGGAAAAGCAAGCCAUGAAGAAGUGGGGAUCGGAUCCAGCCUUCCAAGAAUACAUCAAAAACACUCCUGUUCUCUGGCCGUGGCCAAAGUUUUGAUAUUUCCUCUUUUUGUUUCCAUCUGUCCAACACAAACUGCCCCCUUUGUAAUUUUGUGCACAAUUAAUUUCACCAAAUGACAAUGUUUACAUAAUAAAACUUAGCGUACUUCA